AGUUACAGUGCUGAAGCAGAAGGGAAGGAAUUAACCAGCUCUUCAGCCAAGCAAGUCAUCUACUCACCAUGCUUCCUCCUGCCAUUCAUUUCUAUCUCAUUCCCCUUGCAUGCAUCCUAAUGAAAAGCUGUUUGGCUUUUAAAAAUGAUGCCACAGAAAUCCUUUAUUCACAUGUGGUUAAACCUGUUCCUGCAAACCCCAGCAGCAACAGCACGUUGAAUCAAGCCAGAAAUGGAGGCAGGCAUUUCAGUAACACUGGACUGGAUCGGAACACUCGUGUUCAAGUGGGAUGCCGGGAACUUCGUUCUACUAAGUACAUCUCCGAUGGUCAGUGCACCAGCAUCACCCCUCUGAAGGAGCUGGUGUGUGCUGGUGAGUGCUUGCCCUUGCCAGUGCUCCCAAACUGGAUUGGGGGAGGAUAUGGAACAAAGUACUGGAGCAGGAGGAGCUCCCAGGAGUGGAGGUGUGUCAAUGACAAAACGCGCACCCAGAGAAUCCAGUUGCAGUGCCAAGAUGGCAGCACGCGCACCUAUAAAAUCACAGUGGUCACCGCCUGCAAGUGCAAGAGGUACACUCGGCAGCACAACGAGUCAAGUCACAACUUCAAGAGUGUACCUCCUGCCAAGCCUGUCCAGCAUCACAGAGAGCGGAAAAGAGCCAGCAAAUCCAGCAAGCACAGCAUGAGUUAG